AUGGCUUCUUCCCCGGGGGAGCGAAAGGCUGCAGAAGAAUUAAAGGCGGACGGAAACGUCUUGUUUAGUAAGGGCAAGUACGCAGCGGCCAUUGAGCGCUACACGGAGGCCAUCACGCUGUGUCCGGAAUGGGCUGUAUUGUACGUCAAUCGCGGCAUGGCAGCUCGCAAACGCGGCGACUGGGAGCGAGUGGAGGCGGAUGCCACCACCGUGUUGGGCCUUGGUCCCCCAGAACGAGAGGCCAUGAAGGGCCAUUACCUGUUGGGUCUAGCGAUGGGCGCCAAGGGUCAGUACGACAAGUCCACACACCACUUGCGCAAGGCCCUAGACGCUGCUCGCGAGGCCAAUGAUUCCAUUAAAGAUGAGAUCUGGCGGGAGCUAGCCGCGGCCAAAUACCAGCAGUGGCAGACGGAGAGCACCGCCAGGAGAUGCCAAAGGAAGGCCCUCAAGCGGCAACUAGCAGGGCUGCUGGUGAGAGAUGGUCUCCGCCUCGAGAAGGGUGAGGGGCCGGGGCUGGGGGAUGGGGAGGAGCCGCAGCUUGUCGGCGAGUGGGCCGCGCUAUUCAAGGCGGCGUCUUGGCAGGAUGUGGCGGUGGAGGCACCCUCGCAGUUCACAUGCCCCUUGACGAUGGAGAUCUUCCGGGAUCCAGUUGUCGUACCUUCUGGGAGAUCCUACGAGCGGAGCGCCCUGCUUGAACAUUUGAAGAAGGUGGGUCGAUUCGACCCCAUCUCCCGGCAGCCUCUGAGCGAGGAGCAGCUGGUGCCCAAUGUGUCCCUCCGGGCGGCCAUCGAGCUCUACCUGGAGGAGCACCCCUGGGGCUGGGGGGAGGUCAAGUGA